GCCAUGGGCAUCAAUGACCUCCUGGCAUUUGACUUCAUGGACGCUCCUCCCAUGGAGACUCUGAUCACAGCCAUGGAGCAGCUCUACACUCUGGGCGCUCUGGAUGAUGAAGGCUUACUCACACGGCUCGGCAGGAGGAUGGCUGAGUUUCCUCUGGAGCCGAUGUUGUGUAAAAUGUUGAUCAUGUCCGUCCAUCUGGGCUGCAGUGAAGAGAUGCUCACCAUCGUCUCCAUGUUAUCAGUGCAGAACAUUUUUUACAGACCGAAGGACAAACAGGCUCAAGCUGACCAGAAAAAGACAAAGUUUUUCCAGCCUGAGGGAGACCACCUGACCCUGCUGGCAGUCUACAACUCCUGGAAGAACAACAAGUUGUCCAACCCCUGGUGUUUUGAGAACUUCAUCCAAGCCCGCUCCUUAAAGAGAGCUCAGGACAUACGCAAGCAGAUGCUGAGCAUCAUGGACAGACACAAGUUGGACGUGGUUUCUUGUGGCAAAGCAACAAUGCGGGUCCAGAAAGCAAUCUGCAGCGGUUUCUUCAGAAACUCUGCCAGGAAGCACCCCCAUGAUGGGUACCGUACUCUGAUUGACCAGCAGGUGGUGUACCUCCACCCCUCCAGCACUCUCUUCAACCGCCAGCCAGAAUG